ACGGCCGUCUGUUAGCCACUGAUCUAUCAGCCAUCGAGCUUAGACCACUGGCGGGCAAUUUCCCCUCCACCUAUCACCCUCAGGAAAGGGAUGAAGAGGCGUCGACCUGUCCCGGCUAGGGAUUGUCGUUGCUAGAGCCAUAGACCUUGAAGCCAAUCUUCCCAUUGUGCAGGGUGAGCCGGAUACCCCUAUCUCGUAGAGGUCGGUGCGACUCCAUAUCAACCCGCGAUCGGCCGAUGUUAGGGUCGCGGGAACUUACAGCUCACUGCAGAUAGAGGGCCAGCAGGAGGGGAAGGUUCAGGCAGCGGCUUGGGAUUCCAUGCAUGUACUUGGGAUAGCAUCUUGAUGGGUAUCCAUGUGGGAGAGAGAGCACGUAGCGAUGUAUAUGUAGGAUGAACUGCGCCUUGGGAGCGCACCGCAGCGGCAUGACGCCGCUAAUGGAAACCUGAUAAGAGAGCAAUGUUGCCUAACUGGCAGGGAUUGAGCCCCCGGGUUGCAGUGGUAGGAGCAACGCUGCAGGGAUGUUGGCGUCCAAGCUCUGACUUGUCCAACGCCAUGCAGCCAUGGUGCGGUCGUUUGCCGCAGGGAGCUCUGGUUGGUGGCCGUUGGGUCGCACAAGCGCUGCGGUUGGGAGCUCCGACGCCAGAAAUCCCAGCGCGAACCUUCGUAGGUGCCAGGAGGUGCCAGGAGGUGCCAGGAGGUGCCAGUGGCUUCUCCCACUGCUUGCCUCGUCGCUUGCCUGUUCGGGUGCCAUUGGAUGCUGCUCCCCGUGCGUUGGCCCAUCAUGCCCCCCGGCGCCUUACCUUCUUCUCCCGUCGCUCUUCAUCUGCAAUCUAUCCGUCGUUGCGUCGGGUCUGCAGUUUUCUUCUCUUCUGCAAACCUUACCGGUCCUGCUCAGACCCAUCAAGCUUCACGCAGGAGAGGACGGGCGAUGAAAAAAGAAUUCAGAAGCAUGCAGAGAGCCAUGAGAAAGAGGAAAAGCAGAAGAAUUACUGGGGUCCAUCGCGCCUGCACCAUGGAUCCAGAGUGACCUGAAAUUGGAGAUAUCACCUUCCUCCCCUCGGCCUCUCCUCGUUUCUCUCGUCUCCUCUUCUUCAUCCUCUGCCAUCCUCCAGCUGUCGCUGG